GUGUGUCGGUGUAAUCGGUCCUCUCUGUGGCGCAGUAACGGACCGUGGUCGGCGAUGGCGGGAACGGCGCUGAAACGGCUGAUGGCCGAGUACAAGCAAUUAACACUAAAUCCUCCAGAAGGAAUUGUUGCAGGUCCAAUCAGCGAAGAGAAUUUUUUUGAAUGGGAGGCCUUAAUCAUGGGCCCUGAGGACACAUGUUUUGAAGGUGGUGUGUUUCCAGCUAUACUAAGUUUCCCACAUGAUUACCCACUGAGUCCACCAAAGAUGCGUUUCACAGGAGAAAUGUUUCACCCAAAUGUUUACCCAGAUGGAAGAGUUUGCAUCUCAAUUCUACAUGCACCGGGUGAUGAUCCCAUGGGAUAUGAGAGCAGUGCAGAGCGAUGGAGUCCUGUUCAGAGUGUUGAGAAGAUUCUCCUCUCUGUUGUCAGCAUGCUGGCAGAGCCCAAUGAUGAAAGUGGGGCCAAUGUUGAUGCCUCGAAGAUGUGGCGUGAUGACCGGGUACAGUUCUGCAAAAUUGCCCAGCAAACUGUGCGAAAAUCCCUUGGACUGUGAUUGAUUGGAAAGCCCUUCAAUUGUCUGGGGAUCAUCUGCAAUAUUUAAUGGUUCUUUGCACAAUGCAGUUUGUUUCCUGCUAAUCGUAUCCAAGGAUAAAGUUAAGAUCAUCCUGUUUUCUUUGGCGUUAGGACUUAUUUGGCCCCCUGUCAAAACUUCACCAGACUAUUGAGUGGCUUUCAUUCCUGAAAUAGUGUUGUUCUGUUUUCCAUUUCAGAUGCAAAUAGUUUGAACUUGCUUUGAAGGAAUAACUGAAGAGGUAAAAAUAACCGCUGUAAAAGACACAUGGUAACAUGAGUUUUGUUUCUCCUAAAUAUUGCUGUAAAUGGAAAAGGUUGUGAUAUUUCUGUUGGACACCUCUGCUCGAUCCUGGAGACAGUGAUGAGAGCCUAUUUGCUUCCUACCAUUUGGUUAAUCUCUGUUGAAUGCAAGCAGUUUCAGAUGUAGGAACAAACUGGAUUUUGUUUCCUCAUAUGAAGGAAGACUUCAAGUUUUCCUUGCCUGUUGAUGAUGCACAGUAUCUUGUAGAGAUGAGUGAAGCAUGGUUUGUCAUUAGCAGCAAAUGGGAUGUCAUUUACCAGGUGAUGAUUCCACGCUCCUGUCCCCUUCCAGAAUUUGUACAAAAAUUUACAACAGACUGAUGGUUUCUAAGAUGGGUCUUUCAGUGGAGGAAAACAUGUUUGUGCAAGAAAGCUCUUGGACAUUAAAAAUUAAAGAACAGCACUUAAAAUACAUGAAACAGCAAAUAUCUGGUGUAAAUCCCUUCAUAACACCAAUGCCAUUUCAAGUACCUUGUUUCCUACCAGCAGAGAAAUCUGAUGAUGAUGAAGGUAUCUGCCUUCCAUUAGGGGUGGAUGAUGUAAGUGUGUGUGCGUGCGCGCGCUCUGACAUGUUUGAUGAAUGUUAUCCUCUGGAAUGAAAAGACUGUGUGCUUCUGCUUCAUAACCUUGACAAGACCGAGACAACAUUCAGGCAAAUUCCAUUCAUGUCACUGAUGUACCAGGCAGUGACUAGCUCCAUCAGGAGAGAGUCUAACCAUCUACACUUGACAUUCAAUGGCAUUAUUGAAUUCUUACCAUCAACAUCCUGAAGUCACCAUUAACCAGGAACUCAACUGGACCAGAACAGAAAUCCUCUGGCUACAAGAGCAGUCGGAGUCUCGUACCCUGUGGCAAUUGAUUUGCCCAGCACCCCAAGUUAUUCCUACCAUCUUAGUCCCAACGCGCGCCUUGAAGAUGGAAUGCUCUCUCCUUGCUUGGAUGAUGGCAGCUACAAUGCUGAAGAAGCUUGACAUCACCCAGGAUAUAGAAGCCCACUUGAUUUGCACCACGUCCAUCACCCUAAACAUUCUUUCCAUCCAUUGGCUGUGCACACUGACUGCAAAUAUACAAUCUAUAAAAUGCACUGUAGUUACUCAUUUGGGUUACUCCAAUAGAACGAUACCAAGGGGAGCAGGUACAUGCGAUUACCAUCAGCUGCAGGUUCUCCCCCAAGUCACACACCAUCCUGUCUUUGAAAUAUUAAGUCAUUCCUUCAUCACAGAGUCUAACUCUCGGAAAUCCUACCCUAACAGCACAGUGGGAGUACCUUCACCAGAGGGAUUGCAGUGGUUCAAGAAGAUGAAUCGGCACCACUUUCUCGAGGGGAAUUGGAGGUGGGCCAUUAAAUGAUGGCGUUGCCACUAAGGCCCAUAUCCUGAAAAAUGCAUUAAAAAAAUUGCUUAAUGCCCUUUCCCACUUCCUCCUAGAAGUAACAACAUGCUUGCCUGACUAUAUAAUAAAGAAGUUUCAGUGGAUACCUGAAUAUUGCUGGUUGUAUUCUGAACCUCAUUCACGAGAAAGUAUGUCUCACUGUUACUUCGUCUACUCAGCAGUAAAGUAUCUUGUUUUA